UGAAUGAUAAAUGUGUUAGUAGGUGACACGACUUUUUUUGAUUCGGAGGUAUGUAUAUUUCGUUUCAAUAAUGCGGCUGCAAUCACCGUGGAGGAUGAUCUAAUGUCUGCCGUGAUAUUCGCCACCUAAUUUCAAGUUGUUUACGUUGAAUACUCGGGCUCUAUCUGUAUGUUUUCGUUAAUUUUUUAUUUCAUCGUUUGCCGACUACGGCUACCAAAGUACCAACCAACCAAACGUCAGUUGUUCGUUUGCUUCGGUGUCGCCUACAUUCGCUUUUUAUCUGUUUUGGUACUAUCCGUCUGUGGAGUAUUUUGCUGUGCUGUGUUCGGCAUUGUUGACAGCGUUUGUCAAAGUCAAACAAGACUAUUAGUAUUGAAGAUCGUCAGGUGCAAGGUGCAAGUAUAGUGCAAUUAAACGUGAACGUGAUUAAGUUAAUAAACUAAGUGGAGUUCAACCAAAAUUUUAUUUAAUUGGGAUUACACAUCUAUUAGAAGGGUGACCAGGGUGCCAUGGCCUGGCAUGGGAAAUUUAGGCCCGGCUUACUUUUACUCCUGUUCUCGUUCGUUGUGAUAUCGGAGGCAACGGCAAAAACAUUAGAAAUUCGAUAUGAGACUGCCUACGCCUGCGAAGGCAAGAUUCUUAAGAUAGAAUGCAAGGACGGUGAGCUCAUUAAGUUGAUAAGAGCAAAUUAUGGGAGGUUUUCCAUCACCAUCUGCAAUGAUCAUGGCAACACUGACUGGAGCGUUAACUGUAUGUCACCGAAGUCUUUGAGGGUUCUACAUAGUCGAUGUUCAGAUAAACAGAAUUGUACAGUAGAGAUAAACAACGAGACUUUUGGAGAUGAUCCAUGUCCAGAUACUAGUAAAUACAUUGAAGCGCACUAUGAUUGCAUGUCCGCCACCACUACAACUACAACGAGUCGACCUAGUCCACCAUGGCUUAUAACGUCCCAGCCACCAAUGUGGAGCACCAUCAAAGCGCCAUCUAGUAGACCUACUCAUCCGACACCUCCUCCAAAGCCAGCAGUUAUUUCGCUGCCUCAAACACCAGGUCCAUCCACUUCAAGAACGAAAUCUACAUCAACGACACGUUAUUUUUCAGUGACGCCACCGCCACAGUUGCCUGUACAGCCACACAAUACAGGAGAGUUUGACGAGGAUGCAAAACUGUAUCCCAUUCCAGAUGAAAUUACUACACUUCCAUUUACCACAGUCACUCCUAUUGGGGUUGAAUCCAACAAACCUACAUACGAUGUCAUGUAUACGUCAGUACCCAGCAUACUUCCGUCCUGGGGCAAGGAUUCUGAGGGCAUACCGUAUCAUUGCAGCCCCCAAACGGUCCGUAGCAUAUACUGGAAUUGGACAAAAGUUAACGCGACGUCAAUCCAGCCAUGUCCAGGAGGGACUACAGGAUUCGCCAAAUGGCACUGCCAGGCAUUUCCAAAUUCCAAAGAACCGCAGUGGUACCCGCCAAAUCCAGACCUUAGCGAAUGUAGGUCUGUUUGGUUAACCAGUCUAGAACAAAGGAUUAUUGUUGGUAGAGACCCUUUGCUGUCGAUUACCAAUGACUUAGCUCAAGUAACUAGCAGUAAAACACUAUUUGGUGGUGAUAUGAUGUUCACAACGAAGAUCAUCCAAAAAUUAACCGAAAAAAUGAGCAAAGAUAUUCAAACAUUCCCUGAUGCUGCACAAAGAGAACAGUUCGUCACAGAAUUACUUUCAGACGUAGCCUUAACAGGCAGUAACUUGUUAGAUGCUUCUCAACGCUCAUCUUGGAAAGAUCUGAGUUAUAAAGAACAAAUGAAUGUUGCUACUUCAUUGCUCAUUGAGCUAGAAGAAAAUGCUUUUCUUCUUGCUGAAACUGUGAAUAAUAAAAAGACUGUAGACCGACAUUUCAAGAAUAUUCUGUUGUCCGUUCGAGUUCUAGACGUAAAGUCUUUAUCUUAUGAAGUAUUCCCCGAAGGAGCAACAAAGAAGCACUGGAAAGUGAGCAAUGACGUUAUAGAAUUACCUAGAGGAGCUUUAAUAGAAAAUAGCGAUGGUUCUUUAGUUAGACUAGUCUUCGUAGCAUUUGAUCGGCUAGAGGAAAUCUUGCAAUGGCAGCCAGAAGGGAUCGACACCCCAAAUCCUAGCAACAAUGUGUCCAAAGUACUUAAUAGCAAAGUGAUAUCAGCAAGUUUGGGCAAAGGUAGACAUAUCCAGCUAAAAGAACCCGUGAAGCUUACUCUGCAGCAUUUAAAAAUUGAAAACGUCAGCAAUCCGACGUGUGUGUUUUGGGAUUAUACCACCAACGCUUGGUCGGAAGAGGGGUGCUAUGUGGACUAUAUAUCCUCAAAUUUAACUCAUACUACGUGUUACUGUGAUCAUUUAACUAAUUUUGCUAUACUUAUGGACGUUCAUGCGAUUUAUCUACCAAUGGCGCAUGAAAUAGCUCUACAAGUUAUUACAUAUGUUGGUUGUAUAAUAUCCAUCAUCUGUUUAGUGUUGGCAAUCAUUACUUUCCAGUUAUUUAGAGGACUCAAGAGUGAUCGUACGACAAUCCAUUGUAAUUUAUGUAUAUGCCUUUUAAUAGCCGAAGUGAUAUUUUUGUUCGGAAUUAGUCAGACUGAGAAUAGGAUUGUAUGUGGAGUGAUUGCUGGAUUCCUGCAAUACUUCUUUUUAUGCGCUUUCUUCUGGAUGUUCUUCGAAGGUUUUCAACUGUAUGUUAUGCUUAUAGAAGUUUUCGAAGUUGAGAAAUCUAGGAUGCGCUGGUAUUAUUGUAUAGCUUAUGGUCUUCCUUUUUUAAUAAUAUUUAUUUCCGCUGUAAUAUAUCCUCAGGGAUAUGGAACUUACAGGCAUUGUUGGUUGCAGACUGACAACUACUUCAUAUUUAGUUUCGUUGUACCGGUAGCAGUUAUCAUAUCGUUAAAUGUAAUAUUCCUAAUAAUGGCCAUAGUAAUGAUGUGUAAACACUCCAGUAACACAGUUUCCAUGAAAAACAAGGAGCAUUCCCGACUUGCAAGCACCAGUGGAAAGGAGGAAAAUGCACUUCAUAUCAAAAUAAAAGCUCAUUUCGCUUGGCUGAAAGGAGCAUUCAUCUUAGUUUUUCUUCUUGGUUUGACCUGGACCUUCGGAUUCUUAUACCUGAACAAGGAGUCAGUAGCCAUGGCGUACAUCUUCGCAAUAUUAAAUUCGUUGCAAGGAUUCUUUAUUUUCUUAUUUCAUUGUAUACAGAACGAGAAGGUGCGGAAGGAAUAUCGCAAAAUAAUAAGAAGACACUCCUGGUUACCGCAAUGUCUUCGUUGCUCUAGCCCGAGUGGAGGAUCGGGAAGCACCAGCGGCAGCUCCGGGAUGGCGAAAGAACGGCGAACCAGCCUGUACGGUGGUUCUAACGGGAACCCUUCGGCUGGUACCAACUCCCAUUCCACUGACAACUCUGUUCUUACACAACACGGAACUAGUUUGCACCGCGAUUGGAACUCCCGAAGUUGCACGAACGUAAAUCGGGUAUGCAAGACACCUGUACCCACGUCUACUUCGGCCAACAUGGCUGCUACUCUGUCUCGGCCGAUCAGAACAACACCUACAAACCUUAUUCCGGAUAUUGACUCUAACAACACUUCCACUUUACCUUACUUCCGUAAUUUCUAUAAAAUCUCAUCUAACAAUCCCAACAUACCUAAAUCAAUUUCCACUUGGGGUCCUCUACACAAACCUUUACACUCUAAGAACAUUUCUUUUAAAUCAUGCAGUCGUGAUUCCGGACACGGAGGCUCAGAGCAAGAGGAUUCACCUAGGUCUCACAUGGUACUAGUAGGCAAUGCUGUCGACCCAGGACCUGGACAUCUAAUUACAUUAAAUACCAAAGACAUUCGCCAUCAGAUGCUACAAGAACAACCGACCGAUCUCGCUGACUUUGACAUAUGUUUGGAGCCAAAUAUCCAUCCCAAACAUCUAGCCCUACCUCAGAACUUUCACAAGAGGAAACCUCCAGGCAUGAGUCAUCAUACGUAUACAGAAAUCUACGAUUCUCAAAUUCCCAGAGGUUUAAUCGAGGAUGACCCUGUGUAUGAAGAAAUUGAUAGAAGUGAGAUUCAGGUUUCUGAUAUGAGUGAUGAAGACGGUAAGCGACAAAGCGACAUGAGUCGGCAAUCUUCAAGAUCCUAUGGCGACCAUAGACCUUUAAUUCCAUACAGUCCUGCUAACGAAAGAAAUUUCGCUGAUGUAAUGAAGCAUUACGCCAAAGAUCUCAAUCAUGGCCCACCAUCCAUCGGUAUGGAUACCUACAGAAGACGCAACAUGGCAUACCGUGUUGGGAUGACAGGUGAUACGUCAGUCCGCUCCCUAGCAGCUGUUUUAGAUGGAGAAACCGUGGUUUGUCAUCUAGAACCUCCAGAGAAUCAGUAUCCCAACGAUACGUUCGUCUCACGAACUUUAGUCCUCCCCCCUUAUAGUGAGAGUUAAGAAUUAGGAAACUGCCAUUGCAAGUGAAUAUCUGUGAUUACCACAUGAUCGGACUGUAAGGUCAUACAUCAUCCACGGCGAAUCCCAAACUAAAGGUUCAAAUACUUGCUUCAUUAUCAGUUUUUAUAUAUUUUUUAUCAUUUUUAAGUAAUUAGUUUUUAACAACCAUAUAAUGAAUGAACAACAAUUUUUUUAUUUGUAUAAACUUACUUUUUAACCAUUCAUCAUAACCAUGCAAUCGAUAUUUAUAAUGGAUGCCACUAUUCUCAUAGCAGAAAUGUUAGUUUUUUCAUUUCGCUUUAUAUUUUCAUUUUAAUCAUUGAGUUUAGGCCUCCACGGCUGUAUAAGUUUAAUGGUACAUAAUUUUAAGAGUCUAUAGGCAGUGGGCUAACAUAAUUUCUUCCUGACGUUUCUGCUGACACUGCAACAGAAAGAAGGGAAGACAAAAUUUUAGACCAUGGCCAUAAAAGCAGAAAAAAAUGGCAUUGCCGAGAUUAGCUUCUUAUUAAAGUGGAUAGUUUAUCAAUCUUACAAAUUGCUGAUAUCUCCAUUGGUAUUCAUUCUACAAUCAUUUUAGAUUGUCAGUCCAACGUGUUGGUGGACGACCUCUGCGUUGUAGGCAUCAUAUCUUGGUCUCCAUUCCAGUUUCCGCUUUGUCCAUGUUUUAUCAGCCAUUAGAGCUACAUGACCUGCCCAGUUCCACUUCAUUGUUGCUAUUCUCUCUACAGCAUCAGCCACUCCUGAUCUUCAUCGUAGCUGAUCUUUUGCACAGUUCUUCUUGUCAUAGUCAACGUUUUCGCUCCGUUGUCUUAAAAGUUUUUCUUUUAAGACAUAUUGGUAUGUCGGGCGAUUGGAAAAUGUGGUUCAACUUACCGAAGGCAGCCCAAGUCAAUCUAUCUUUCCCUAAGCGAAUCUCGUGAUUUAUCUAUUUAUAGGCCUGGUCUAUGGAUCUUGUUCCUACGCAUACAGUGUGUCUGCGUAACUUGGAACCAUAUGGGAAACUUUUUUAAUAUCAAUUUUACGAAAAAAAGUUAUUCCUCAUAAAGUGCUCUGUAUAGUCUAAAACCUAAGACACAAUCAUCAGAUAUCAAAUUUUAUCAACAGUAUACGAGGUAUGUCAAAAAAUAUGAAUUUCGCUUAAGAGUAAAGUGCCUUUAGAUUUCACAAUAUCGGAAAUUGUCAUUGAGAAAAGUUGUUUGUAAUUAAAAAUUAUGUUAUAAUCUGUAUUUGCACUCUUCUAAUUGAAAAAAUUGUUUCUGAAAAUUUUCCUCAAAUCACGGACACCCAACAUCAUUUUUAGUUACGAUAGCUCCGUUAUUAUUAAUUUUACGAAAAAAAGUUAUUCUUUAUAAAAAAGUUUUGCAUAGUUUAAUAACCAAGAUAAAAUUAUAAGAAAAUUUUGUCAAUUUUAUAGGAGAUGUCAAAAAAUAUGAAUCUCGCUGAAGAGUAAAGUACCUUUAUUUUUCACAAUAUUGAAAUUUGUUAUUAUAAAAAGUUAUUCAGAAUUAAAAACUACUAUGUUUCAAUAUGCAAUGGCAUCCUUCUAGUUGAAAUAUUGUGAACUAUAAAGGUAUUUUACUUUUGAGCGAAAUUCAUAUUUUUGACAUACCUCGUAUAGAAUUGAAAAAACUUGAUAUCUUAUUAUUGCAUCUUAGUUUUUUGACUAUUUAGACAUCUUUAUAAAGAAUAACUUUUUUUCCCAAAUUAAUAAUAACGGAGUUAUUUUAAAUAAAAAUGAUGUUGGGUAUCCGUAAUUUGAGGAAAAUUUUCAAAAGUUUUUUUUUUUCAACUAGAAGAGUGUAAAUGCAUAUUAUAACAAUUUUUAAUUACAAACGACUUUUCUUAAUAACAAUUUUCGAUAUUGUGAAAUAUAAAGGAAAAUUUGAAUGAAAAUGAAAAUUUUCGAUAUUGAUAAAUAUAAACUCUUGAGCGAAAUUCAUAUUUUUGGACAUACCUCGUAUAUUAUUGAUAAAAUUUGAUACCUGAUGAUUGCAUCUUAGGUUUUAGAUUAUGCAGAGCACUUUAUGAAGAAUAACUUUUUUUCGUAAAAUUGAUAUUAAAAAAGUUUCCCAUAUGGUUCCAAGUUACGCAGACUCACUGUAUAUCUUCGCUGACUACGAGAUUUGUCAUCAUAUGUGUUUUAGAUAUAUUUUCAAUUUUCCUUCUAGCAUGGAAUGGUAGAGCUGAUUUAAAAGUUCUUUAGUAUCAUCUAUCCUAUCAGCUAUUAGCACAAUAUCAUCUGCAAAUUUCAGGUGGCUAAGCUUUCCUCCGUUUAUAUUUAUGCUCCUGUCAGUUAGUUUUGCGCUUUUACAUAUAUAUUCCAAAAGCGUGGUGAACAGUAUCAGUGAUAUGAUGUCCCCCUGACAUAUUCCACGUCAGGCGAACAUUUUUUGGCUCUCAACAUUUCUUGUUGAUUGGUAGUGUCAAAGGCGUUUCCAAAAUCUACAAAUAUUAAAGCUAGUAGUUUAUUAUAUUCAAGGUGGAUCAAGGGAUCAUUGAUUGAUUGCUUUGGCUAUUUUUUAACUGUUAACUUGUAUUUACAAUUCCGUUAUAUUUUUACUAUAAAUGACAUAAUAACGUUUUUAUUUUCAAUAUUAGUUGUUAUAAAACUGAUUUUUAACUUGUUUGUUUACAAAGUAACCUUUAUUCUGGGAAAAGCUGCUAUACAUAUACUUAGAAAAGCUCAGCUUGUAUGAAUGAUGAAGGAAAGUGAUAAUUUUAUAAUAAUCAACUAUUUUAUAAAAACUUAAAAACUACUGUGAAUUGAAUGAAUAUAUCUUAAUUGUCAGAUAUACGGUAUCUCCCAGUCUGUAACCGGAAAGAAAAAGUUGAUUUUGAUAAUCGUUUGUAGAAUAUACGAUUGGUUUGUGUAUAUAUAGUAGUAGUGUGCCUUUUUUAUACUCAAAAAUUCUAUUUUUGAAUGGAAAUUUAAGUUUCGUGUUAGUUUUCUCGAAUAUUUUAUUGUACUCUGGAAAAGUAUAAAUGUAUUGAUAUUUUUGACUCCCAGACUUCAAAAAUGAGUACAAUUUUAUAGAAAAUCAUUUGCUGAAAGCCAUUUGAACAAACAAAUUUUCUUAAAUAAUUAAUGUCUACUUUUUUAUAUAUUCUUCUAAAGAAGAUUGAGAAAUCUGCUAAAUAGUUCUAAAAAUAUAUUUUGUGACAUGUUUAACACUGGAUAUUUUAUAUUUUUGGGAAGAAACCACAAUGAUCGUAAUCAAAAUGCAUAUUUAUAUUUUGACGGUUCAAUUUCAAGAAAUAUAAGCUAUACAAUAUUGUUUUUUGAAAAUUGGCAGUAACUAGAAUAUUGACGGUGUAGCUUUUUGGCCUCUGUCUUGGAGACAUCAACAAUUUUACACUUAUAGAGCUGAAAUCCUUAAAAUCUGUUGUUUUAGCCUCAAUUAAUAUAAAAUUCUGAUCUUUCUGUAGUUGUUAUGAGUUAUAUGUUGUUAUCAAUUACUUUUUGUAUUUUUUCAUUGUAACUUCUGGUUUCAAUAUUGAUAGCCGGCAUUUUGCUGCAUUCUAUUAAUGUGUUUGCUGUGUAAUUUGGUUUAUUUCCUAUAUAUACCUGGUAUAUUUGGUAAAAAUGAGUAUUCCUAUCUUAGUUUUCCUCUUUUUACUUUCCAUUUUUUUUAAAGAUUAUUGAUGCAUCUUUUCAUUUGAUUCUUAAUAUUAUUCUGAAGCUAUUUUCUUGUGGCAUCUUAAUGUAAUUUACUAUUUUUCUCGGAAAUAAGCCAGAAUUUUACUUUUAAGUUUAUUUAAUGAUGAUUAAUGAAAAAUUUAUUAAUGUUUUGUAUUUUGCGAACGAUUUCCGAAGUGGAAACGUCAAAAAAACUGAUUUAACUAAAAUUGUAGCUUAUUUCCAAGAAAAAUAGUAAAUUAGUCACAUUCACAAGAUAUUUUAUCUUAUAAUUUUUGGCUCUUUCUUUCUUUUAAUGUUUUAAAUGUUGUUGUAGCCUUGUAUUUGUCUGCUGUCCUGAGUUUUUCUGAGAAAAACUUAUCACGGUAUUGUUCUCUCCUCAAAUCAAUUUUGAGAGUUAUGUAUGUUGCAUACCUUUGGCUCAUAGAAGUUUAGUAAUAGUUGAUGCUUCCAAGAUAAAGGCAAAGAAGUCAAGAUUUCAUUUACCGCCAAUUGGCAAACAUAAAUAUUUUACAAGAUAUAUCAAUCUCUUCUUCUUUCUUUACUAGGAUAUUUUUUCCGUAUUAAGUCUUCUUCUUUUGGUGCCUAUUCGUUUCGAAUAUUGGCGAUCAUUUUGGCUAUAAUUAUUUUAUUAACUGAUGCUUUAAAGAGAUUAGUUGUUGUUGUGGAGAGCCAUUUCCAUUUUGAAGUAAAAACGCCCAAAACAAAUAUAAAAUGUAAUUUUUAUUACAAUCUCAUGGCUUAAUCUCAUACAAAUAUAACAUUUAACUGUAUUCAAAUAUGUUAUAUGUAUACUGUAGCUGGAAUUUAUAGGAAAAACUUGAAUUUAAAUGAUCCGCAAGUGAUUUAAAAAAAAAUCAUAAACAUCGCUACAAAAAUCUGUUUCUGCCCUAAAUCAAUAGUUUACUCUUAAAUUUCUCCUUCUAAAAACUUGGAACUCGGCGUAUUAGGCAAUUAUUUCAUUGCUAAGCUUGCACUAACCAUCUCAUUAUAUGUUUUUUUCAUUUGGCAUAAAUAGGUGCCAUACCAAGACUUUUCCGAGUAUCCAGAAUUUAUUUUAAAGUUUUUUUGCUACUCCAUUGAUCUAAAUAGCCAUGAUAAUUUCUACAAUACUUAUUAGUCCAAAUCUAGUGUAUUUGGCCUGGAGACGGUUUUACAGCAUUUAACUUCUAGUGUCAUUGAAUUUGUUCGUUAUAGCUUCUCGUUAUGAAGAUAUUUGUAACUCAUCCUCAGAUUUUUUUUAGAAUAAUUUACAAAACAGAUAAAACCACCUAUAAAAUCCAGUCAGUGUCACCAGAAAUUAGACAAACAUCUGAAAUAAAACGCAGUCACCACAGAGCAGUAUGUACACUAUAUAAUAGUACAAGUUUUAACCUUCGAAUAUCAUUCUAGUACUUAUUGUAUCCUUUAAGGACUAUACAAUUAAUUCAUGGCAAAAUAACAUUAAACAUAGUAAACAUUUGUUACAUAAAAGAUGUUCCGUCCAGUCUUGUAUUUUAAAACUUUUUAUAGUGGAAAAGUGCCGACAAAAUAGUCUAGAAUGCUUAUGAAAUCGUAAGUUUUAACACGUUAAGUGCUUUGUUGUUGAACUUUUAUGAUUAGUGUUUGAUUUGCGAGAUUUGUCUGAAUUUAAGGGACACUGAUUUAGCUUGAGUAAUGAAGUAUUCAUGAAUUAUAUAAAUUUCUGUGGGAUACAAAUCAGACAAACUAGGUGUUAGUAAUUUACUUACGGAAUUAGUAUACCACAACAAUUUAAAGAUCAAGUCUACAGCGCGUGCGUAAAACAUGGAAACAGAAAUAUAUCUGUGACACCGCGUAUGUUAGAGUAACGCAAUGUUGGUUAUGUACAUUAGAUGGACCAGCUAUACAAAAUUUUAUGUAUUCGGCGUUGCCAAAUUAUACGGCUAAUAUGCGUAUUUUUAAACAGGACCACCAGUAUAUUUUACAAUCUUUUGUUACAGUUUUUUAUUACCGAUGCAACAUUUAAUCUGUUAAUGGUCAAUUUUGGACAUUAACAUGCCGAAAUUAUGAAAAACAUAUUUAUUUUGUAAGUAUGGCUAUAAAACAGAAAGCACUUAAAGAAAAAAAUUAAAGGUGGUGUUCAAUAUGACCACCUUGUCUUUGGAAACAUUCUGAAUGAAAAUGCAUCUAAGAUUUCUAAUCGUUUUCUGGGAAAUUAUUGCUCUCUUCUCAUUUCUGUAAUUAUAUCUUUCAGUUCUUGUAUAGUAUGUGGCCUAUUUACAUAGACUUUGAUUUUUAACCCUCUCAUGCAUAAUUUUAAGGAAAAAUUUUUUUUUCUUAGAAAAAUUAUUUUAUUCCGAAAUAUUAAAAAUUAACAUUAGAACAUAGUAUAGUAAGUGUAAAAACACGAUUUUUUUUUCUUAAAACCUAAAAAAUAGUCCGUCCACUCUAGUGGUCGCUAUGCACUUGCGGAAUCGCAGAAGCGUCAGUUACUGGUAUGAAAAUAUUCAAAGCACGAUGGACACAGCGGCUCGUUGCACCUUUUGCAGAUGUAUAACUCAUAUUUUGUAAAACCAAAAUUUAAAUUAUUGUCUUGGCCAGCAUAUAAAUUGGUCUGAAAGACGAUAUCCUCCAUUAUGUCUGCGUUGAACAGUGAUAAAAAAUAAUCGAUGGGAUUGUUUCAUUGAACAUGAAUAUUUUCUGUUCCUCCAAACUAAACUGAAGCAAAGUUGCUGGCCCAUACAUGCUGUCAUUAUUGCCUAAUUUCCAGUCUUUUUUUCUGAGCCUUUUUGUUUUUCUCUUGAUUUUUAUGCUUUGAUGAAAAUACCAAAAUACGCUGAGCUAAUGGAAUGUCAUCUUCACACAUAUCAUCGUCACUGUCUUUUGGCUGUAUUUCUUCUAAGUCACUUUCAACAAUUUGGUCUUCAGCCGUUACAUAUUUGAGCGAAUACGUCUCUUCGUCAUUGUAAUCAGAUUCCAUAUCUAAACCUUCUAGUAAAUAAUAAAUAAUGUCAUCAUUGUCAAUACCUAUAAAUUCUUCAUUUUCUGGUAAACAUAAAGGUGUUUCAUCCUUGUUAUUGUCGUCUUCAUCGGCAAAAAGUACUUUCUGAAAUAGAAUAAAAUUUCUCAUUGGAGAACUAAUAUUAUGUCAAUAAAUAAAAUGUAUUUAUUUCCACUAAAAUAAUAUAGUUAAGUGCAUAAAAAAAUUCCCUCGAAAAUCCCUAAAUAAAUAAUAAAUCUUUGACAAGAAAAUACAUAACAAAAAAUAUGUGAACAAGAAACCUACUACCCCUCUGAAAAUUAUACUCGUAAAACAUACCACAAGAGUGGCAUUGUAAGUUACAUAUUGCAUGAUGUCCACUCUAGUGGACAUGACUUCAAGGUGAUAUUUUCAGUGAGUUUUCAAUUAUUUUGAAAUGAUAACAAAUGCUAAUUGUGUAAAAUACAUAAUUCUAUAAGAAAAAUAUUUUCUUACCUUUUUUUUUGCUUUUCCAUAGAAACUACUGGCAUUUAUUUCAGGCAAUUCACAGGUGGCCAUCGCGGUCAGGUGAUUUAUAGAUACUAACGUUAACAAACUUUGACUUUCAAAAUAAAUAUUGUAGAUGGCGGUAGUAGUUACUUGAUUAGAGUCCACUGAAAGGGAUUUCAUGCAUUUUGCACAAGUUUCAUAGAAUUAAAAUAUAUUUUUUGGACUUAAAAAAAUCUGUCCACCGGAGUGGACUCAAUGCAUGAGAGGGUUAAAUAACCCCAAAAAAUAACCUAGAAGUGUCAAAUCCGGGGAUCUUUCUGGCCAUUCGAUAGUUCCUCUUCUUCCAAUCCAACGAUUUAGAAAUGUAUUGCCGAGAAACUCACAAACGCCUCGAAGAUGAGGAGGUGCUCCAUCUUGCUGAAACCAAAUUGAUUUAUUCACAAGAUGAAGAUUUAUAUCAUCAGGAAAAAGUGGCUAAUUCUGGAAUUAGGUCCAAUUUUAAAAAUACCGAGUAUUUUUCACCUGUUGGGUUCUAAUUUCUGUAAAAACUGUAACAGAAGAUUGGAAAAUAUAGGGGUUGUUCUAUUUAAAAAUACGCAUUAUAUAUCUCAGAAAUAAAUCUGUUUAUCUCAGAAACGUCUCAUUUGGCAACGUCAAAAGUAGAAAAUUAAAUUGCUGGUCCAUCUAAUAUACAUGACCAACAUUUUGUUACUAUAUCAUAUGGGUUGUCAUAGAUAUUUUUAUUCAAUUAAAGUGUUGUAAAUUGUAUAUUCUGGAAAAUGUAAUUCUGUUGGUCUCAUUUGGCUUUCAGCUGUUGCUUUUACUAGCGGGAUUCAACCACAUGUAUUCUUUCUUGUUAAAGACUGACAUAAGUGUUUCCCUGACCUAUUAAAUAGUUGCAAUAAAUUAUCUGUCUAUAUUUUUAAUGUUAAAAAAAUUGUUAAUUGCAUAAUGUCUGUCAAACAAUUUUCAUAUAUUUCAUUUGUAGUUUUGUUGAUAUUUUUAUGCCGACAUUAUUAAUAGAUUUCGUGUAAAAAAGUAGUCCUUAAAGUAAGAUAUUUUUACAUUUAUAACGCGAUAGAAAAAAUGGGAAUCAAUUGAAAGACGAUCUGUUUUGUGUUAAAUUAUUUAUUCUUUAAAACAUACGAGAAAACAUAUUUUAAGGACGUACUUUUUACAUUUUAGAACAAAUUUUUAAAAAGCAUUCUACAAAAACAGUUUUAUGAUUGAUAUUACAUUUUUUAAGGGCAGCUAAAAGAUAAAUAUCUUGUUUCAGUCCGGUUAAGAGUAAACUCUUAUUUUGUUUAUAUUAUUUCCAUUAUUUGUAAAAUUGUAUCUUGAUUGAAGCCCUCGUUGUAUUUUUAAAUGUAUUUAGAUUGUCAUAAGUUGCUUAAUACUACUAAUAGGUCAUAUCAGGCGUCACCCUUUCGAAAUAUGUUUAGAUAAUAUUAUAAUACAAUCGCGAACGAAACGACGUCUACUAAUGAUAUACAUUGUUUUCGCGGUUUAUAGGCACUAGUCUCGAAUUGUAUCUUCCUGAAAAUUCAUCUGUGACUGAAGGUGUUACCUUCUUGUGGUGCAUAUGGUACCUAAGUUCUGAUAUGUUUGGGUUUUUUAAUCCACUAGAAUUCUCUUCGUCCACAUUUUCCACAGCAUGGCUAAAAAUUUGUCCUGAGUAUAUAUUUAAGAGGAGAAGGAACAGUAUGCAUCCUGGUUAUCUAUUUUCCUAUUUCUAUUUGUAAGUGUGAUGUUUUUUUUAUUUCACUGAGAUCACAGGCACUUUAUCUUGAUUUUCUUUCGGUUAAAUGUAAUAUUGUGCUAACACCCUAUUCUUUAUAACAGUUUUUCUUAUAUGGGCAUAUCUGAUGUAAUUCUUGUUUGGGUAUUGAGUAUUUUUCCCUGAGGGCCGGUUGUUCGAACGCUAAUCAACAAUGAUCACUAUCAAAUAUUUAAUUGCUGUCACCAACUGUCAAUGUAAACUUUGAUUGGGUUGCUGAAAACAUAAUUGAUUAUAAUUAUGAGAUUAGUUAAUCAAUUAACAUAAUAAUUAUUAACAUAAUUGAUUAACUAAUUUCAUAAUUGUAACCAUAAUUAUGUUUUUAGCAACCCAAACAAAGUUGACAUUGACAGUUGGUGACAGUAAUUAAAUAUUUGAUAAUGAUCAUUUUUGAUUAGCGUUCGAACAACCGGCCCUGAGAAUAUUUUUUACUAGGAAUUUUAAAAUAAGAAAGCUUAAUUACCACUGCGUUAUAGGCAGCCAAUAUUUCAUCAAGUUGUGUUUUGAUUUUCCGAAUAAAGAGUUGAAGUGAUUUAGGCAACCAACAUUUCACCUAAGUGUAUUGGUAAUUGCAUAAAUUGUUACUUAUUUAAAACGUUUUAUUCCUGCUCAACCAACAUUAAGCACAAUAAUUACACAUUUGCUACAUAAAAGAGUCUUGUAGGGAUCGUAUUACAGAAAGAAAAUGUUUGUGUUUAGUCAUUUUUCAACUAAUCAGUCCAACGAAGUACUGGUCGUUCUUCUUCCUUUCGGUUUUUCUUUUAUCACUAGCCUUCCCAUAUUAUGGACACGUGUCUUCUUCUUCAGCCUGUUUGCAUUCACCCCUGUACAAAGGCCUCCCCAUGAGUUCUGGAUUGUGCUAUUUGGUGCCAGUUUCUCCUCAUUUUUGCUUUGAUGUCGUCUAGCCAUCGUUUUUGUGGUCUUCCUCGGAGCUUAAACUUGGACAAUUAUUCUGCCUCAUUCUUUUCCACACUUUUAAAUAGGUACUAUUAAUAUAUUUUUUAAUGGCAGCUUUUACAUCGGUUUCUGUUUUUGAUUUCUUUAGUUUCUUGGACAGAAAAUGACCAUUUGGUAGAAUUUAAUAAUUUAUGACCAUGGAAAUUUAUUUAUUUGUAAUUAGUUAUGUAAAAUUUUAUUACAAUAAGGGUGCUUUUUAAGUUGUAACUUAGUCAGCACAAAACUGUAAAUAUAGAAAUAAAGUUUCUAAUAUUAAAUAAAAAUUUCCCAUCAAA